AACAGUAACAUGCAUGUGCAAAUGAUGAGAAACAUGACUUAUAAGCUAAGACAUGAAUAGUAGUUCAUAUAUUGAUGAUUUAAAAGAGUUUUUUAAAACCAUUUUUUGAUACUCAAGGAAACUCAAGAAAGUCAGCUGCACAAAUGCUGUGUUAUUUUCAAGCAGCGUUGGGUCAAAAAGGGACAACUUUGGGUUGUAAUUUUACCUAUGGGUUGUUUUAACCUAUUGUUAAAUCAAACAGGGCUCUAGACUUACUGGUUGCACUGGUGGCAUCUGCCAAUGACAUCUUACUAACCAUGACAUACAAAAAGUUUAUGACAGUGAAUCUCUCAUUGUAAGUUUUACAAAUCAUUAUUGAGACAAAUUAAUUUACUGAAAGCUACCAGAAAAGCCAGGUAACCAAAGGUAUACGUACAUCAAAAAAUCUCUUUCUUAAAGAAAACAUAAACAACAAAACUUUAUCUUAUACUGUAUGUUAUAAACAUCUGUUGUUUCUAUUAGAAAGUCCAGUGCCACUUUUCAAUCCUGCAUGUUUUUUUGCCAGUAAAUGUGGGUGAAUGGAAAAAGUUCAAGUCAAUCGGUUGUCGGUGCAAAAUUUAUGGUUAGUGCUUUUGGGUAAACACGUCAUUCUCUGUUUCCUCUCCGUUCUCUCAGUUUCCUCUCAGGUAACGUGCAGUUCUAACACUAUACCUCGGUAUUACUGCUGUCAUGUAUAGGCACGUAAGAAUCCUUUCAGCUCUUUUGUGUUUGCUGUUACUUUACAAAACUGUGAAUUCCAUGGAUUGUCCAGUAGGUCAGAAGUAUGAUACGAACAGAAAAACUUGUGUGGACUGUCUAGAUGGUCAAUACAAAGAUAGCCCAAAAGGUGCUCACUGUAUUCCAUGCAGCUCAUGUAAAAAAGAUAAAGGUAGUAAAGAAGUCUCGGAAUGCACGCGAACCAAAGACACUGUCUGCAGCUGUAUAACAGGCUUUGAGCCCAUAGAUAAGAAAAAUGAACGGCUUUGUUAUUGUGAAAGGGGGUCUGGAAUAGAUAAUACAGGAUCAUGCACCAAAUGUGAAAACGGAUUUUUCUCGGACCAAAGAAACUCUAAGUGUCGAAAAUGGAGAGAAUGUAAUAGUGGUAUUAAGUUUCGAGGAAACAACACUUCUGAUGUUGUCUGUAAUCCCGGACCGAAAACAGAAGCUCCCACGGUUCAAACCAUCUCGCAUACGACCCUCACAGUUCAAACCACCUCGGAUCACACUUCCACAACAAAGUCUACUAUUGCGACAACAUAUAAGAGGACUACAGCAUUCACCGCCAAAAACAGAGACCAUUUCAACAUCUUGUGGCUGGUCAUGCUAUGCUGUAUUCUUCUGCUGAUGGGACUGUUGUACCAUAAGUGUAAAAUCACCCGCUGCUUUAAAAACAACACAAAAGAGGAUUCACGAAAAGACAGCACAUACAGCAAGCCUGUAGAAGAAUCUGGGGGGAAGAGUCCUCAACUGUACAGAUCAAUGGUAUUUCCUUAGUCAUGCGGGAUAAGAUAAAAUAUAUAUCUUUGGAUAAAAGCAUCUGCCAAAUUCAUAAAUUUAAACGUACAUGUGUCUAUCUGUGAUUGUUUAACACGGUUAUUCCCAGCGUUAUUGUUUCUUUUUGUGAAAUACUUAGCUGUUAGCAAUAGUAGUUGUUAUAUAACUUGUUGAACUGCUGUGAACAUCAUGGCUAGAUCCCACUUAUAAUGCAUAUAUCGUAACUGCCUUGUUUGCUUAUGUUUAUAGAAAUAUUUCAAUGUUUAGUUUUUAUUGUUGUUUUAUUAGCUUUAUAUAUAUUUUGUAUAGAUUGUUUCAGGUUGUACAUAUAGGCUGCUUUCACACGGCAACAUUUUGGGAGUAUUUAACCGUAUUUAACCGUUUAUUUAACCGUAUAAUGUCCUGUUUACAUGGCAAAUAUUACUGUCUGUAUGUACAAGCAACCGACCUCAAACCCUGUAACCACAGUGACGGUAACUUUAUUUAUGUGAUUUACAAAAACAGCAGGCAUGUGUGACAUCUCCCAUUGUAAUUGUAAGGGUGAUUCCAUAUUAAGAGAUGAAAAUUGCACAAAUAAAAAAUAGCUAAUUGAAAAUGCACGCAAUGGAAAAACGGUAAUUUCACAUAAACGCACAUAUGUCGCUAGAAAGUAUUACGCUCAGGUGAGGUGGUUUUUCAGGCAAAUCGAAAAAGUAAUAUAUCGCACAACUGCAAUGAAAAUGAUCGUUCCUUAAAGGGACAAUAAGUAGGAUUUACCCCAUCUAGUGGUGAAAUUGUAUUUUGCAUUCAAACGAAUAGUGCUCUCUAGCGCCUCGCUUUUCAAAAUGCGUGUUGCAACUACGGUAGCCGUUAUGUAAUCACUGAUCUCCUUGUCCGUUUCAGCUACACUGUAAACAAAUUCCGUAGAAAUUGCAGCUGGGUUGCCGGUAAUUUACCGUAGAUUUAUAUUUACGUUAUUUACUGGCAACAUUUUGUUCAAAGUUAAAUGAACAUUAAACAUUUACAAGUAUUUGUCUUUACAGAGUAAAAAUAAAAAACAGCAAACAUUCUGGGAAACAAAAUCUGAAGCAAAAAACUGAAAAAGGUUGAUGAUGAUUUCUGGUUCCCAGAAUGCUUUGCAUGAGGCUGUUAUUGUAUAGUUUUAUUCUGUAAAGAUAAAGACUUGUUA